UAAAUAGCCUCCCAUUCUCCAAACAGACAAAUUCUACUGACUGGAAUUCUUCUGCUACUUGUAACUACUCUCCCACGCUCACCGGACUUAUUUACCGCCAGCAGCAGCGUAACUAUGAAGCUUUACACAUGCUUUCAGGUCUUGUUGUUUAUAUCUAUAGGCAGUGCAGAACAGUCCAAUAAGCAAAUAGUUUCGACUUCCAAUCCCACACCACGGGAAAAACACGGUGAAAACUAUUGUGCGAUGUAUGAUAUAUGUGGAACACGGAGUGAUGGGAAAGUAGUGAACUGCCCUUUUGGUUCUCCAUCCGUUAAGCCAAAUGAUUUAUUAUCAUCUAAGAUCCAAAGUUUGUGUCCAACCAUUUCUGGAAACAUAUGUUGCACAGAAGCUCAAUUCGAUACAUUGCGUUCACAAGUCCAACAAGCUAUACCCUUUCUAGUCGGGUGUCCAGCAUGCUUACGUAAUUUUUUGAACCUCUUUUGUGAACUUUCAUGCUCUCCAAAUCAGAGUCAAUUCAUCAAUGUGACUUCUAUUUCGCAGAUGAAGGAUAAUUCGACUGUGGGUGGAAUUGACUACUAUAUAACUGACACCUUUGGAGAGGGUUUAUUUAAUUCCUGUAAGGAUGUAAAGUUUGGUACCGCGAAUUCUAAGGCUAUUGAUUUUGUCGGAAAUGGUGCUAAGAAUUUCAAAGAGUGGUUUGCUUUCAUCGGUCGAAAAGCAGGCCUUCAGUUACCAGGUUCACCCUAUGCAAUAAACUUUCGGUCAGACGCUGAUGUGUCAGUAAAAAUGAAGCCUAUGAACGUCACUACUUAUUCAUGUGGUGACACAUCACUAGGCUGCUCUUGUGGUGAUUGUCCUUCCUCUGCUGUUUGUUCCAGUUCUGCCCCUCAACUGCUUCACGAAAAGGGUUCUUGCUCAGUGAGGAUUGGCACACUUAAGGCAAGAUGCAUUGAAGUUUCGGUAGCAAUGGUGUAUAUUUUACUGGCCUCCAUGUUUCUUUGGUGGGGUUUGUUGCAUAAAAGAAAAGAAAUGAACCCGACUUUGAGAACGAAGUCGAUGAUGAACGUGACUAAGGGUGGUCCGGUACACCAGGUCCACGGGAAAAAAGACGAAAAUAUCCCCAUGCAGAUGUUGGAGGAUAACCCUCAAAUCACAAGUGGGGUUCAGCUUUCAGUUGUGCAAGGAUAUAUGGCGAAAAUUUUCCGGUCAUAUGGAACAUGGGUUGCGAGAAAUCCAAUUCUCAUCUUGGGUUCAUCAAUGGCUGUUGUUCUUUUUCUUAGUGUAGGCUUAGUCAGUUUUAACGUAGAGACACGGCCUGAAAAGCUUUGGGUAGGUCACGGGAGUAGAGCAGCAGAAGAGAAACAAUACUUCGACAGCCACCUGGCACCGUUCUACAGAAUCGAGCAGCUUCUAUUGGCAACCAAACCUCAAGGUGCACAUAUGAAACCGCCAAGUAUUGUCACAGAUGAGAAUAUUAAGUUGCUUUUUGAAAUACAGGAGAAGGUAGAUGGAAUUCGAGCAAAUUUUUCUGGAUCAUUGGUUUCUUUGACAGACAUAUGCAUGAAACCUCUGGGUGAGGCUUGUGCCACACAAAGUAUUCUUCAGUAUUUCAAAAUGGACCCUAAAAACUUUGAUGACUUUGGGGGUGUUGACCAUGCUGAAUACUGCUUUCAGCAUUACACUUCUGACGAGAACUGUAUGAGCGCAUUCAAAGGCCCACUAGAACCAAGCACAGCAUUAGGAGGUUUCUCCGGUAACAAUUACUCUGAGGCAUCUGCAUUUAUUAUAACUUAUCCUGUUAACAACGCCAUCGAUAAGGAAGGUAACAAAACUAAAAGAGCCGUCACUUGGGAAAAGGCCUUCAUUCAGUUAGUCGAGAAUGAGCUCCUUCCAAUGGUGAAAUCCAAGAAUUUGACAUUAUCAUAUUCAUCUGAAAGCUCCAUUGAAGAAGAAAUGAAAAGGGAAAGUAGUGCAGAUGCUAUAACAAUUUUGAUAAGCUAUCUUGUGAUGUUUGCUUAUAUAUCAUUGGCAUUGGGUGACACUCCUCGCUUCGCUUCCUUUUAUAUCUCUUCCAAGGUAUUGCUUGGGCUUUCUGGAGUAAUACUUGUGAUGCUCUCCGUUAUUGCAUCAGUCGGUUUUUUCAGUGCAAUUGGCGUAAAAUCUACACUAAUCAUCAUGGAAGUCAUCCCUUUUCUUGUUUUGGCUGUGGGGGUAGACAAUAUGUGCAUUCUCGUACAUGCAGUUAAAAGGCAGCAGGUUGAAUUACCAUUGGAAGGCCGAAUAAGUAACGCACUUGCGGAAGUGGGACCGUCUAUAACUCUAGCGAGUUUAUCAGAGGUUUUGGCGUUUGCGGUUGGAAGUUUCAUUCCUAUGCCAGCAUGUCGGGUAUUUUCUAUGUUUGCAGCACUGGCUAUUCUGUUGGACUUCCUUCUGCAAGUUACCGCGUUUGUAGCGUUAAUCGUUUUAGAUUUUCUGAGAGCUGAAGACCAGAGGGUUGAUUGUUUUCCUUGUAUUACAACUUCGGGUUCACUUACCGAUACCGAUCAAGGUAAUGAUCAGAGAAGAUACGGAUUACUUACACGAUACAUGAAGGAGGUUCAUGCACCCGUUCUAAGCGUAUGGUGGGUCAAAUUACUAGUCAUUUCAGUGUUUGCUGCUUUAUCAUUGGCCAGCAUUGCACUAUGCACAAGGAUUCAACCUGGUUUGGAACAAAAAAUCGUUCUGCCUCGUGACUCAUAUCUUCAGGGUUAUUUCAAUAAUGUCUCAGAAUACCUGAGAAUUGGCCCACCUCUAUAUUUUGUUGUGAAAAACUAUAAUUACAGUUCAGAAUCAGGUCUGACAAAUAAGUUGUGCUCAAUAAACCACUGUGAUUCGAACUCCCUUUUGAACGAGAUAUCAAAAGCGUCUCUGGUACCGACAUCAAGCUACAUCGCUAAACCUGCUGCUUCAUGGCUUGACGAUUUUCUUGUUUGGGUAUCUCCGGAAGCUUUUGGCUGCUGCAGGAAGUUCACUAAUCAAACUUAUUGUCCUCCUGAUGACCAGCCUCCUUGUUGUUCUUCAAGUGACGGUUCUUGUACUGUAAAUGGAGUUUGCAAAGACUGUACCACGUGUUUCCGUCACUCAGAUUUACAAAACGAUCGUCCAACUACCGCACAAUUCAAGGAGAAGCUUCCAUGGUUCCUUGAUGCUCUACCUUCUGCUGACUGUGCAAAAGGUGGUCGUGGGGCCUACACAGAUAGCGUGGAACUUACCGGCUUUGAGGAUGGUAUUAUUCCAGCAUCCUCCUUCCGUACAUAUCACACACCCUUGAACAAGCAGGUUGAUUUUGUCGACUCAAUGAGGGCUGCACGAGAAUUUAGCUCUCGGGUCUCCAAUUCCUUAAAGAUUGAGGUUUUUCCUUAUUCGGUAUUUUACAUGUUCUUUGAGCAAUAUCUUGACAUAUGGAAGACAGCAUUGGUCAGUCUUGCAAUAGCUACUGGCGCCGUAUUUGUUGUCUGCCUGGUUAUUACAUGCAGCAUAUGGAGCUCGGGAAUAAUCUUUCUUGUGCUGGUGAUGAUCCUUGUGGAUCUCCUGGGAGUCAUGGCUGUUCUGAACAUCCAACUGAACGCUGUAUCCGUUGUUAACCUUGUGAUGUCAGUUGGUAUUUCUGUUGAGUUUUGUGUACAUAUAACACAUGCUUUUUUGGUUAGUAGCGGUGAUAGAGAUCAGCGGAUGAAGGAGUCUUUGGCUACGAUGGGUGCUUCUGUUUUCAGCGGAAUAACAAUCACAAAACUGGUAGGAGUAAUCGUCCUUUGCUUUUCAAGGACCGAAAUAUUUGUGGUUUAUUACUUCCAAAUGUACUUGGCCUUGGUUCUUCUCGGUUUCUUGCAUGGUUUGAUAUUCUUACCGGUAAUGCUAAGCAUGUUAGGGCCGCCUUCAAGACGAGUACUUGUCGAGAGAAAAGAUGAUAACAAGUCUUGUGCUUCACCGUAGUUAGAACUUGUGCUACACGGAAUUAAAAUAGUGAAAGUUUCUCCCCAAGUGAGUGCAAAGAUUGUUAAUAUAUAGUGGUACCUCAAGUUAUAGAUUACAGCUAGAUGAAUGUAGAUGUAACUUAACUUGUAACCCGACGUUUUUCUAAUUAUCAACCACUUAUAGCUUGUUACAAGAUCA